AUGCUAACUAGAAGCGGUUUUGUAUCCUUUACUGAGAUGGACUCAAGAUUGUUUCCCUUUGACACAUUAAAGGAAUCAGGUGUGCCUCCCACAAGUCUGGCUGGUUUGCCUCAUGUGGACUUAAAGCCUCUAUGGUCGCCACGUAGUUCAAACUCAAAGAUCAGUGUAUCUAGCCCUCAAAACUUGCUGGCAAUUCCGGUUGGAUUUAAACAGAAGGAUAAUGUCGAUACCAUCGUUCAAAAGGUGAAACACUUUGUGGAAGGAAUGGCUCCAGUCUUUUCAAGAUCUGCUUGGCAUUGUGUUUGGCAUCUUAUACAGAAUGAUCUUGUUCGUGGAUGGGGAAUGGACAAGAAACUUGGGUUUUGUACACAGGAACAUACUGUUGAUGCACGAACUGAGGUAAGGACCUGCAAUAUGCUCGCUGCAAACAAAUUAGGAGGCAAUCGACGUCAGAGCUUCGUAUAUUCAAAGAGCGCUGGGAACAAGCAGUGGAGGAGGACAAAGGGUGGGUUUAUCCAUUCAGAAGCAACCGAAGAUGGAAGCGAUGAGGCUUUCAAGGCAGCUGAGUCCUUCGCCUAA